AGUUUGAGGACUUUUGGGGACUCAAUUCUGAUUAUUUUUUUUUUAAUAUUAUCCUAGAAAUCCUUGUGAGUGAGGGAGGUUCAAAUCUCUUGUAAAAGCUCUGGACAAAAAACGUACAGGUUGCCAUACGUCAACUGUGAAGAGAUUUGUAUUUAGUACAGCAUAAACAUGGAGAAGCGGGUUGCUGUGAUAGGAGCGGGGUCGUCUGGAAUCACUGCCGUAAAAAAUCUGGUGGAGGCUGGAUUUAACCAAGUGGUCUGCUACGAAAGGCGAGAUGUCAUUGGUGGCCUGUGGUUUUAUAAAGAAACUGCGGCCCGAUGGAAUGACGAGGCAUGUGUCAACAGGUCCACAGUCGUCAACACCAGCAAGGAGUUCUUGGCCUACUCGGAUUUCCCAAUGCCAGACUACUUUGCGAACUUCUGUCACAAUUCUGAUGUGGAAGAGUAUUUGAAAAAGUAUUGUAAACAUUUUGGUAUUGAAAAAUACAUCAAGUUGAACACCGAGGUUUUGAGCCUUAAGAAACACAGAUCAUAUGAGAGCACAGGAAAGUGGGAAAUUCAAGUCAAAGAUCAUUCCACUGGAAAUGAAAGCCUGGAAGACUUUGAUUUUGUCAUUGUGGCCAAUGGUCACCAUGGAGAGCCAAUCUUACCAAAAUUUCCUGGUCUCGAGAACUUCCAGGGAGUCACAAUGCAUUCUAGAGAUUACAAAGACGUCCGCUCCACGAGCGGUUCUCGGGCUGUUAUUGUGGGCAUCGGAAACUCUGCAGGCGACAUCUCAGUUGAACUGGGCAAGUGCAUGAAGGUGUUUCUAAGUACUAGAAGUGGAGCCUGGUUUCAUUUCAGACUACAUACUUCUGGACUGCCUUGGGAUUAUUACUAUCACAACAGACUAGGACAUUUUCUGAGACAAAUUCUACCACGUUCCUACAGGAAUUCUAAGGUCAAGGAUAAAUUAAAGAAGAGGUUCCCUCACGACCUCUUUCAUCUGACCCCAGACUUUGAGCCAGACGAUGCCAACCCGACUUUAGUUGAUGAUCUGACAGACAAAAUAGCAUCAGGAAGAGUUGUCAUCAAGCCUAACAUUAAAUUAUUCACAAAAAAAGGUGUUAUCUUCGAGGACGGCACUUUUGAAGACAACAUUGAUUUGGUAGUGUUCGCUACUGGCUACAAUAUUGUCUAUCCCUUCAUUGACAAAGAAUUACUGAAUGUGCAAGACAAUAAAGUCAGUAUGUACCUGUUGAUGUGGCUGCCAGAACUUACAAAGAACACUCUUGCCUUCCUUGGAUUGUGUCAGCCAAUCGGCUCCAUGUUUCCAAUCGCUGAAAUGCAGAGUCGCUUUAUAGCAAAAGUCUUCAAAGGUGAGAUUGUGCUGCCCUCUAAGGAUGACAUGUGCAAGGAGAUUUGCGCAAGGAAUAAAUGGCAGAGCAGCAUCUAUCAUGACUCUCCUAGAAAUACGAUCCGAGUGCCCUGGCUCCCUUAUCUGGACCAGCUCGCCAAAGCAGUGGGCUGUAAGCCUAACAUGUAUAAACUCCUCGUCACUGAACCACGCCUGUUCUGGAGAUUGUUAACUGGACCAGGAGUUUCCUACCAGUACAGACUCGAGGGCCCCAAUGCAUGGCCGGGCGCACGUCACGCUAUAUUCACAGUGAUGGACAGAAUAAAGAAACCUUUUGCGACUCGGCCAUUGGUUCAGAGAAAUGCAUCAUGGGGCAAGCAGUUUGUCUUGAUGACCAUGAGUUUCGUCGUUUUUGCAGCUGCAACUUUUUUUGCUAGCGAGGACAGCAAGUGGUACUUGAAAUGCUUUUAACCGUAGGCGUACUCAGAGCUCUGUUUACAUUGUUCUUAUUCAUGAAUUACUUGGAGCAAGAUGGCAGCUACAAUUGUCUUAUCUGACUUAUAAUUGUUAUAAUUGUAUUUUUUUAUAAAUCUGCAAAGUUUAAAUUUUAAUAAUGUAUGUUCAUAUUAAGUUUAUUUGUUUCGUUAUUGUAAUAUUUGAAUUCGUCUUUUUCCGGAUAAAUGCUAAUGGAAUCAGGGACCUCUGGUUCUGCCUAAGCAUUAAAAUGCAAGAUGUUGAAGGUUUUGAUUAAUUCUUGUUGACUCAUCAAGCUAUAAUGCCUACUUUCCUCUUUCCUACCGAUCCAGAGAUUGCGUUUCAUUGGAUAGAAAAGACAAAGCAGCUAAAUUUAAAACACUAGAAUACUUAAACAUGUAUGAAUCAAUUUUUUUUUUGUUUUCCUGCAAUCGUCGCCUUCAUUUUAAAAAAAAAAUACCGUAUUUAUAUGAAGAAUAUUUAUAGAACCUCAAAAUUGUACAAUGUUUCUGUUAAAAAGGUUGAUACCAAUUGAUAUCUAUAUCAGCAAAGACUGUAUUUCUAUUCUUUCUAUUGAUUUUUUUGUCUUUAACAAGUUUGUAGUAUUUUAUUUUUACCGAUAAUGGAAACUUUAGAAAAUCUUGUACAGGCAACUUGACUAUCAUCAUUCACUUUGAAGGUUGCACAUACAGGGAAAUAGAAACAGAUUUUGUCAAAGAAUUAUUACUUUUUUAAGGUUAUGAGUAAUAGUAUUGCCAAAUUAUAAAUUUUAUUAAAUGUAAUGUAUUAAUGAGGGCAAAUAUUAUUAUGUGUAAAUGGAUCAUGUUCAAUUUAUAUCAUUUGUAAUAUAUUUACCGUAUAUAAAAAGUAUUUUAAAAUGUUUCAGUUAUAUUUGUCACAAUAAAAUCAUUGUUUUAAAGCAUC